CUGGUCUCCUCUCCUUCUAUCCCUAUUAGAUCCCGCAAAUCCCUCAUCCAUCAAAAUGGCCGACUUCUCGAACAUCGCACAGCAGUUUGUGCAGUUCUACUACAACACCUUCGACAGCAGCCGUGAGCAGCUGGCCGGCCUCUACCGCGAUGAGUCCAUGCUCACCUUCGAGACCUCCUCCCACCUGGGUGUUGCGCCCAUCAUGGAGAAGCUGCUGAGCCUUGCUUUCCAGAAGGUCCAGCACCAGAUCUCGACUUUGGACGCUCAGCCCUCCAUCGAAGGUAGCAUCAUCGUCAUGGUCACCGGUGCUCUUCUGAUCGACGAGGAGCAGCGCCCCAUGAACUACACCCAGACCUUCACCCUCAAGCCCGACGGUGCUGGCAGCUACUUCGUCUUCAACGACAUCUUCCGUCUGAUCCUGGGUUAAAUGUACUACAACGGAUGUUGAGGCUUGGUGAGAUGAACCUGCGCUG